AAUGUGGACCAAUCAAAACGCUUGUAGUCAUUCAUCCCUGGAAUCAGCCAAUCGCGUUGCGAAUCGUGGUGCAGUAACUUCAGCGCUGUCACAGAGCUCAGAAAAACGAUCAGCUGUUCUCUGGUUGAUGUAACUUUGGGACAGAGAGCAUCGGUUCUGACCGCAGGCAUGGCAACAGCUCAGUCAGUGUUCACCAUGGCCGUGAGCAUUCUGCUCAUCGCAGAGCUGAUUCUGGCCGAGAAAGAUUACUACGAGAUCCUGGGUGUACCCAAAGAUGCAUCUGAUCGACAGAUCAAAAAAGCCUUCCAUAAAUUAGCCAUGCGGUAUCACCCUGAUAGAAACAAAAGCCCUGACGCAGAGGCAAAGUUCAGAGAGAUUGCUGAGGCAUAUGAAACAUUAUCAGAUGACAACCGGAGGAAGGAGUACGAUCAGAUGAGGAGCAGUCCGUUCUCCAGAGAGGGCCCGAGAGGAGGUGGUGACCACUUUGGUCAACAUUUUAGCUUCAACUUCGACGAUAUAUUCAGAGACUCUGACAUGUUCGGACGCAAUCCUCACGUGCAUAAUAAAAGACAUUUCGGGAGCCACUUUCAGGCCCCCGAUGAAGCACACAGCAGGCACAGGAGGCACUUCCAGAGCUCUUUCGGUGGUGGCAUGUUUGAUGAUAUGUUUGAGGAUAUGGAAAGGAUGUUCUCUUUUAAUGGACACCAGACUCGGACUCAAAGCACAUUUCACGGUUCCAGCAGGCAGCACUGUAGGACUGUCACACAGCGAAGGGGCAACAUGGUUACAACAUAUACCGAAUGCUCCUGAGUUAAUGCACACAUGGAAAUGUCUUCCAGCUGUCUUGAUUGAAACUUAAAUGAAUGUCGUUUUGCUUUUUUGUGUUUUGGAUCGGUACUGAUGACCUAAAGCCAUAAAGUCUAAUAUAAAGUCUUCUGCAAGAAUCACACAUUACUGGACGAAACAUCCUCAGUUCAGGGAUCCUAAAUCUGACUUUAGACAAAACUCACCAUUCACAACAUAAUAAUGUUAUCAGUUUUUAAUAUAACACUUAUUCACAGUGAACAUGAUGACCAAAAAAAAAAAAAUCAUAGAUUUAAAAUAUUUACGUAUAAUGUCUUUUACAUUUAAGAUCGGAAAUGUAUUUUCUUGCCCCUUGAAGUACAUUUUGUACUAUAUUUUGGCAUUUAUAAACUAACUUUCUUGUCUUUUGUCGAGUCAAGAUUUAGGGUCCUUAAAGCAUAUUCAGCUUUCUUGGUAAAGGGCUUUCACAUUUACUUCCGAGGCCUUUAAAACACAAUUGUGUUUAUCAUGAAGUGCCGCUGCAUGGAUUAUUUGUGAUUUUCAGCCUGUUUUAGCUUAUUUUGAAAGAUCCUAGAACCUUGAGACAUAGACGUGAUCACUAGAAAACAUUCAAAGUGGUUUCAAAGUUAAGAACGGCUGGAAGUGUGUAAAUGUUUUGUUUGCUUGAUGUUGCACAAUGUCGAAAAAGACUAACUCAUUUCAAUUUCUUUUUUUGUUUACUGUCAUGUCCAUAGCAAGCAUGUUACACAAUUUGUAUAUCUUCCAUCAUAUCAUCUUGGCUAACAUGACACCAGAGCAAGUGGCUUUUUUGAAGAGGAAGUCCCUUACAUGUGCAAUAAUUAUUCAAAUCUUGCUGGUGGGGAAUCCUGUUAGCUGUAGGGCUUUCCUGAAAAAAAGAAAGAAAGAAAAAAAAUAGCAGCUAUAUAUGAUGACAUGAAAUGCCAUGAUAAAAAACGGUUAAUGUUUCUGUUUGGUAUCAUGUUAAAUUUCCAUGUGAAUGGGAAGGUUUUAAGCAAUUACCUGGGGCACUUGUACAAAAAGCCAUGUACAAUGAUUCAUUUUCGUAUAAAUAACUAUUGAACGACAACAAAAUAUAUUGUACACUCCCUAUAGUUCCAUAAAUGUGGAUAUAUAGCUAUAGCAUAACAAUUCUGUCAAUUAAUUUAAUCUGAAAACUUUUCUUUCUGUGCCAAUAAACAAUUACCUCAUCAA